AUUGUUUGAAAAACAUAGAAGGAUUUUAAGUGAAGAAAUUGGUUUUAGAAACGUGGUGAUUAUUUGAUUAUUUCUCACUAUUGUAAUCAACAUCAAGGACUACAGUGUAUAACGGAAAAAUUGUUAAGCAGUUUUGUGCUUUUUACUCAGCUAAUAGUAAGAAGUUAACGCCUUUGUUUGAUUUAUAAAUAAUAUUAAAACAUGCCUCGUCCUCAUCGUUUCACUACGCCGGAAUACAACGACAUGGUCAAAAUUUAUGAGGAAUGCCAGCAAGACGCGAAGGCAGCGCUAAAAAAAUACAAAGAGAAGUAUGGUGCUACCCGAAAGUGUCCUGGAAGCGUGCACACAAUUCAGCAAGCACUUAAAAAGGUGCGAAAAAACCCGCCAUCGGCAUCGCAGGACGACAGCGAUGCUUCCGAUGAAUCAGAACCGAUGAUGCAGAGCGAUGCUUCAGAAGAGGAUUGGCUGGAUGAGCAAAGUGAUGACGACGUCGCGAUUAUUUGUUCGCGAAAGAAGGUUGCCAGGCCUAUGGUUGGCAAAGUUAAAAAACCUAUGCAAUCAUCGUAUUCACGUCUUACAAAAGCCCAAAUAUUGAGUAAUCCAAGUAGAGAAACGUUUUGCCAUUGGAUACUAAAUAAGGUAUCUGAAGACCCCAACUUUCUUUCCAACAUUAUGUGGACAGGCGAGAGUACCUUUACAGUUAACCAUGUCCAGCCUAUAUCAAACCGAUAUUAUUGGGGUCAUGCUCCACCAACUGUAUGGCCAGAUGAUCCAGCUCCUACUUACGUACAUGUCUGGGCCGCAAUUCACCAGAAUGAAAUAAUUGGGCCCAUAUUUAUAAAUGGAAAUUUAAAUGCAACAAAAUUCUUGGAUUUACUUAGUGGCCCUAUUGAUGACUAUGUAGAUCAACUACCAUUAGAUGUGAGGAAACAGUUGUGGGUUCAGUUAAAUGGACUGCCAGCCCAUUCGGCCCCUGCAGUGAGGGAACGAAUGACGGAGAAGUUUGGAAAACAGUGGAUAGGUCGUUAUGGUCCACGCAAAUGGCCAGCCAAGUCCGCAGACCUGUCUCCCCUUGAACUGUUCCUGUGGAAGUUUAUUAAGAAUGAGACAUAUGCCAAACGAACAAAGGAUUGUGUAGAGGAACUCAAAAAAAGAAUCAUGGCCGCCUUUGAUAAGUUGAAGAAGUUGACAGCGGAUAGUGACUUUCUGAAUAAAGAAAGAAUUAAAGUCUUAAAAAAAUACAAGAUUAGCAUUGGACAACAGAAUUAAGAAAGACAUUUAAAAAAACAAUCUGCUUUGCCAACUGUAAAUAAUUACAAUUCACUUCAUAAUCAAAAAAUCUUUGAUUGUUUUAAUUUUUUUUAAAUUCGUUUUUGUAUGCUAGUUAGUAAUUUGUAUAAGAAUAAAGAAGUUAAAAUGUUUCGUAUAAGUCUCAAUGUUUGAUUUUGGAAUCCUCAAUGAUACAUGAAAAUGAUGGGCUGGAAUUUAGAAGGGCAUACCAUGUGUGAAAACUUUACAUGUCCUCAAAACGCACACUGCAGACCCGAAACUACUGGCGCCACCUGCCGAUGUCAGUACGGCACAUACAACUCCACAAGCAAACUGUGUGAAGAGUCCGACGCCUGUGCGCAGGAGACGCCGGCGUGCUCACAUAUGUGUGUAAACAAAGGGGACCACUUCAUUUGCUUGUGUGAUAAUGGCUACACAUAUGACAUGAUAAGAUAUUUGUGCUUUGCUCCUGAUCCCGAAGCGCUACUGUUCUUCAACACGCGCAACGAUAUAAGAUACGUAUCAGUUAAAUCGAAACACCAAGUGAUUGCAGUAACGGAAGUCAAACAGGCCCACUCGGUGUCUUACGACGGCCGCUACCUGUAUUGGGUGGAGACUGCACAAGGACACCAGGCUAUAAUGAGGGCGAGACUCGACGAUGUUAAAGACUCAAAACAGGUCAUAGCAGCUCUAGGGCUAGAAGACCCAGGCGACAUAGCAAUAGACUACUUAGCGGACAACAUAUACUUCGGCGACGCGAAGCGCGGCGUCAUAUCGGCGUGUCGCUCCGAUGGGUCGGUGUGUACCACGCUGCGUACUGACGCCAAGCAUCCGCGGUUCGUCACCCUGGACCCGAGGCAAGGCAAAAUGUACUGGGUGGAUUGGCUCGACAAGGAGGUAAUCAUGCAGGCCAACAUGGACGGCUCUGGCGCUUCAGUGUUGGUCGACAACUUGAGUUCCAUGGCCACUGGCUUGGCGUUGGACGCUCCCAACGGAAGACUGUAUUUCGUGGACCAAACUAUAAAAGUUGUCAGACUCGACGAUAAAAGGGUUUACUCUUUCUUCGAGGAGCCUUUCCACCAUCCAUACUCGCUGGCCGUGUUCGAGAACACGGUGUUCUGGAGUGACUUCACAUCCAACACGAUACAGACGGCCGACAAAAUACACGGCCCCCAUAUCAAAAGAAAUAUUCUGCUCGGAUUGGACGUGCCGGUAUUCGACAUGCACAUCUACCACCCAUUGCUGAUGAAAAAGACCGUAAGCAACCCUUGCUCCAAGCACGACUGCACGCUCUGCCUGCUCGCCUCCAACGUGAGUCACGUCUGCGCCUGCCCCGAUGACAUGCAGAUGAUUGGCGGUCGUUGCCAACAUAUCCCAGGCUACCGGCCCCAGUAUCUCAUAGUGGGUGCGGGAUCUACGUUCACCCGGGUUCACUACGACCGCAUUGGCAACCCUGAGACCCAUGGCACUAAUCUCGACAUCGGCAGGGUACAAGCUAUGGCUUAUGACUCCAUUAGAGAUGCCCUCUACAUGUACGACAGUCAGCGCAAAGCCAUCAGUCAUAUUAAUAUGAGUGACUUUACGCUGGGAGUCACUGAGCUACUGCUGUAUGAGGGGUUGGAAAACGUCGUCGAUAUGGAUUAUGAUUUCGUGUCGGAUACUCUAUACGUGUUGGACGCGGGUCGGCGCGUCAUAGAAGUGGUAUCGCUGCGGAACAAGCAUACUGCGCUGUUGUACUCCUUCAAAGACCAGGAGAUCCCCCUCAGCUUCUGUGUCAUGUCGGACUACGGGCGAAUGCUGGUGGCAGUGUUAGAGAGCGAAGAAAAUAAUAGGAUCCAUAUCGACAGUAUGGGACUCGAUGGCUCCAACAGAGAGCAUCUACUGAUGAACAACAUUGUGGGACCAAACAUCCGCCUGCGGUACUCGCCGGAAAUGAACGUCGUAUACAUCGCUGAUGAUGGCAACAGCGUCAUUGAUGUCAUCCAUCCUGAAGGCACUGGUAGGGAAAUGUUCAGUGAAGUGCUGACUCGCGUGGCUAGCUUGGCAGUGAGCGAUACGCGCGUGUUCUGGACGGACAGAGGCUCUGCCCGCCUCUACUGGGCCAACGUGCAUGAAGCUGCCCGCCACGUGCAUCAGACACGCCGGAUGGAGCUCUCAAUAUUUCCAAACGAAACCCACCUGCACAUCCUUACAAGCACCCUCCCCCCUGACUCCAAAAACCCCUAUCGUCAGCACAAAUGCUUUCAACCGCCCACCCCGUGCUCCCACAUAUGCCUACAAUCCCCUCAUUUGCCGCACACCAAUGUAUCCACCAUGGGCUAUACCUGCCAGUGUCCCCCUGGCUUCCUCAGGUUCGACCGAUGCAUGGAGUUUUUGAAGUGCCAUAGGGAUGAGUUCAUUUGCCAUAAAAGUGUGCAAUGUUUCCCGGCGCAUAAGAAGUGUGAUGGUGUGAAGAACUGCAAGUUUGGGGAGGACGAAGAAGGAUGUGGAAGUAGUGUAGCACAAAGUCCACAAAUGUGUCCACCAGAUAAGACAAAUUGCCAUGGCACAUGUAUCCCGAAAAAUCAUGCAUGCAUUGAUGAUGCACCAAAGUCCAUCAUUCCGGAAUCCAAACCACUACAAUGCGAUGUCGAAGAGUUCCGAUGCUCGGACAACUCAGUAUGCAUCGAGCGAUCGUUGACAUGCGACGGCCAUGCUGACUGCGUUGACGGCUCCGAUGAACACCCAGAUGCUUGCAACGUCAGAUCCUGUUUUGACACUGAAUUUAUGUGUGCAUCGGGUUCUUGUAUUCCAAUUUCAUGGCGAUGCGAUAGUAAUGAAGAUUGCGCUGAUGGCUCCGAUGAGGUUGCUUGUGAGAGCAAAGCCUGCCCCUCGGGCUCGUUCCCGUGUGGCAACGGCUCGUGCGUGCCGGUGUACGUGCGCUGCGACGGCAAGGCCGACUGCGCAGACCACGCCGACGAGCAGGGCUGCGACUUGUCCGACUUCAUCGAGGUUUCCGAGCACGUGAUAACUUGUUCGCCGUGGGAGCGCCCUUGUGAACAUAAUAAGUCACUGUGUCUACCACUGACGGCUCGUUGCAACGGCAAGGUGGACUGUCCGGGCGGUACAGACGAGGACGGCUGUGACUUCCAUUGCAACUCCGUGAACAGGUUCCCCUGCAAGCAAGAGAACAAGUGCAUCCCAAAGUUGCACGUCUGCAACGGACGCAAGGACUGCGCCGACGGCUCCGACGAGACUAUUGAAGCUUGUAUCAAAGUGAACAAAACAGUAGGCCUACACCCGGUCCAUGUAACUGAAAGCUGCGGUGACGGGUACCGAUGUGACAGCGGCCAGUGCGUGGAGUGGAGACAAGUCUGUGACAAUACUACUGAUUGCGUCGAUGGCUCCGAUGAAGGGAAGCUAUGUGGCGAGCCAUGUAAGUAUGGUACAUGCAAGCAGAUGUGUCAUGUCACUCCGCGCGGACAUGUCUGCUCGUGCGCUUACGGAUACGUGGCGCACGGGAGCACGUGCCGCGACGUGGACGAGUGCGCCCGGCGCCCGUGCUCGCACGUGUGCCACAACGUGCCCGGCUCGUUUGUCUGCGCGUGCCACAGGGGGUACGCUCUGAAGGUUGACCGUCGCUCGUGCAAAGCCGUCCGCGGCAGGCUGUCCAUCAUCUACACGACGGGCAGUUCGAUCUGGUCCAUCACCAACCACUUACACCACUUGCGAUUCCACAGCGAUGAAGGAACUUUCAGCGAUCUUGACGUUGAUGUCAGAAACAAAAAGGUGUACGUAACAUCAAGUCAGGCGAAGAAACUUUACCAAUACGAUUUGUUAUCCGGACAGGAAUCUUCAGCGGAUGGUAUCACCAACAUUGGAAUACCAAGCAAGAUGGCCUUGGAUUGGAUAACUGGCAACGUGUACUUCGUGGACGCCAGCCUUGCGGCCGGCUGUGUGCGAGUGUGCAAUUUCCAAGCGAAGCGCUGUGCCACGCUGCAGAAACUAGCCUCGGAUAAGGUCACCGCGUUGGCCAUAGACCCGGCAAACCGUGUAAUGUUCUACUGUGUAAGUGGAGCAGACAAAGCCAUAACCAUAGUGCGCUGGGCAUCACUCUCUGGCGGAAACGCAUCAGACCUGGUCUCCGCCAGCAGCUGUUCCGCUCUAACGGUGGACUCCUUCAGCCAGGUGCUGUACAUCGCGUCCGAACAGCCGUCGAGUAUACUGGAAGUCAGCUAUCUCGACAAAAAGCCAUUUUAUUCCAGAAAAAUAGUUCUUCCCCUCGCCGACAAACAAAACGUGGCUUCACCUCGCGACAUGGCGUUAUUCGAAGACCACAUUUAUUAUCUGAACAACAUCCACCUGAGCCGUUGUCCGCUCUUCGGUCGCACAAUUUGCGAAGAUUACGACCACGUCAAUGCGACCAACUUUGCCAUUCGUCACCAAAGCGUACAAAGAGACGAUAUUAUCAACGAUUGCGAGGCAAAUGUUUGCUCAAAUGUUUGCGUGCUGGGACAAAGCGGGCCGGAGUGCGUUUGUCACGAUGGAAGUAUUUCGAGCGACGGAAUGUGCCCGUUGGUGAAGACGAGUGAGCUGGCCUUAUUCAACGGUUGGACGUACCAAGAGUAUAAGAGCCACUCUGUGUCGUACGCGAUGGUCGCGGUGGUGCUAUUUCUGUUCGCGCUCUACCUUUGCCUCUUUGUGUACUGCCACAGAAUCAAGAAGAAUAGAGCGGACAACAUGCAAGUGAGAUACAAGAACACAUCGGAAGGUGCAGCGCACAACUCGAGCCCCUUCAUAGAGAUCGCAGACACUGCUGGCCUUAACACUGUCAAUGGCACUGCUCAUGAGUUCGUAAAUCCGCUGCAGUUUGUGAGGAACCAUUGGCAGGAAUCCUUUUACAUGAAAAAACCUAUUGGUACAGCUGGCCUCGCGUUCGACACACAGCAAGACCUCUCCGAUACAGAAUCAGAUUUGGAUGUGAGAGAAACCAAAAGAUUUCUUAACAAUAAUAAUAAUUUAAAUCAAAUCUAAUUCAUAAUAAUGUUUGAAUGCUUGUGUUAAUAUCUGAAAGAUUGUAUAAUUUAUCAGUAGUUCAAAGAAAAGUGUAUUGAUUGCAUGUUUAAUUUAUUAUGUUGAAGCAUAAUGAAAGAAGCUACUUCUAUUUUUAUGUAAUAUGAAUUUGAAUAUAAUUUUAUUUUUGCA